CACUCCUGGAAAGGAUAAACCUGAUCUGCCCACCUGGAAGAGGAAUUUCCGAUCUGCCCUGAACCGGAAGGAGGAGUUGCGUGUAGCUGAGGACCGGAGCAAAGACCCCCACGACCCACACAAGGAGCUGGGAACUUGCCUGAGUUGGACACCUUUCCAGACACCAAUGGGAGAUACAGUACCUCGGAUACCCAGGCAAGAAUGCACCCCAUCCUUCCUGCCCUCAGGAUGACCCAUCUCCUGUGUCCCCACAGCCUUGUUCAGGUUUCUUCUCCUCCCCCUGGACCAUCACAUCAAAUCCUCCUCCUGAGCCUCCAUCCUAUCCCCUGUGGGCUGUCCACCCACCCAUCUAGAGCUGACCCUGUCCCUCUCCUGCUCAUAGCGAGCCCUUCCAUGGACGCUUCCAGCGUCUCAGGAAAAAAUGCAGAGCUUUCACCAAGGCAUUUAGGGCCCUAAUACACCUUUCUAGGAUUUCACAGUUUCUCUUGCUAUGUAGAGUACCAUCAGCCUCCUGGGAACCCAGAACCACCCUAUCCUUGGUCUUGCUGACGUCCAUGCCAGGACAGGUCCCCUGUGAAAUAGUGUCUAGCCUUCUCUGCCCAGGUCUUGCUUGCCCAGGGCCAGGUCCUUGGGCUGGAACUAGCUGUUCCCCUUGGGCCAACGGUAGCAUCCAUCAUAUACCAGAGCAUAUAUUUUGUCAUCUGUGCCCAUGCUUGUCUACCUACCUCCUAUCCCCCACCUCCAUGCCAGCCCCAACUGGAAGCCCCCCCCCCCCUUUUUUAAAGAUUUUAUUUAUUCAUGAGAGACACAGAGAGACAGACAGAGACCAAGACAAAGGCAGAGGGAGAAGCAGGUUUCAUGCAGGGAGCCAAUGUGGGACUCGAUCCCGGGACUCCAGGGUCACGCCCUGGGCUGAAGGCAGAUGCCAAACCACUGAGCCACCCAGGGAUCCCCCUGGAAGCCCCUUGAGGGCAGAGCUCAGAUCUGACUCGUCUCUGGGUCCCAAGGCCUGGUCCACAUGAAGUCUCCAGAAAAGGCUACGGAAAUGCCCAGAUCCUUUUCUUUUUGCUUCUCUCCAGGAAGACACAUUAGAGGAGUUACUGGGUGACAUGGUCUUGACCCCAUUCCCAGAUGAGGGGCCCUCGAGCCUGGUGGUGGUCCCAGAGCAAACCCCUCCACUCUUGCUGAGCCCCACCAUAGACCUUCCCACUCCCUGCCCAAACUCAGAGCCCCCUGAAAACCCGCUGAAGCGGCUCUUGGUGCCUGAUGAAGAGUGGGAGUUCGAGGUGACUGCCUUCUAUCGGGGCCGCCAAGUCUUCCAGCAGACAGUCUCCUGCCCAAGGGGCCUGCGGCUGGUGGCAGCAGAAGGAGGGGACACGAUGCUGCCUGGACAGCCAAUAAUACUGCCAGACCCCGGAGUGUUGGUAACAGACAAGACCGUGAUGGGCUAUGUGAGGCGUGUACUGAGCUGCUUGGGUGGGGGACUAGCUCUGUGGAGGGCAGGACAGCAGCUCUGGGCACGGAGGCUGGGGCACUGCCACACAUACUGGGCCCUGGGCGAGGAGCUUCUCCCUGACAGCAGUCCCAGGCCCGGCGGCGAGGUCCCCAAGGAUGAAGAUGGAGACCUAUUCGACCUGAGGCCCUUCGUGUCAGAUCUGAUUGCCUUCAUCAAAGGAAGCCGACACUCACCACGCUACACCCUCUGGUUCUGUGUGGGGGAGCCAUGGCCCCAAGACCAGCCGUGGACCAAGAAGCUGGUGAUGCUCAAGGUUGUUCCCACGUGCCUUAGGGCCCUGCUGGAAAUGGCACGGUUAGAGGGCGCUUCCUCCCUGGAGAACACUGUGGACCUGCACAUUUCCAACAGCUACCCACUCACUCUCACCUCGGACCAGUACAAGGCGUACCUCCAGGACCUGGUUGAGGACAUGGAUUUCUGGGUCACUGGGGAGGUCUGACCCCUUCUCACCGGUGCUGCCCUCUUGUGCCUUCACCCUGGCCAAUAAACUGUUUCUUGCCACUGUUA